GCCUUGUAGCUGUCCCGGGAGCCCUCAGCAGCAGUUGGAGUUGGUGCACAGGAGGGAUGAGGAAGACCCGGCUCUGGGGGCUGCUGUGGAUGCUCUUUGUCUCAGAACUCCGAGCUGCAACUGAAUUAACUGAGGAAAAGUAUGAAUACAAAGAGGGGCAGACCCUGGAGGUAAAAUGUGACUACGCACUACAGAAGUAUGCCAACAGCAGGAAAGCUUGGCAGAAAAUGGAGGGAAAGAUGCCCAAGAUCCUGGCAAAAACAGAGAGGCCUUCAGAGAAUUCCCAUCCAGUCCAAGUUGGGAGGAUCACACUAGAAGACUACCCUGAUCAUGGUUUACUGCAGGUCCGAAUGACCAACCUUCAAGUGGAAGACUCUGGACUGUAUCAGUGUGUGAUCUACCAGCCUCCCAAGGAAUCUCACAUGCUGUUUAAUCCCAUCCGCUUGGUGGUGACCAAGGGGUUCCUGUGUUCAAUAUUGUCAUUAUCGUGGCUGGUGGAUUCCUGAGUAAGAGCCUGGUCUUCUCUGUCCUGUUUGCUGUCACGCUGAGGUCAUUUGGACCCUAGACCCACAAACCCACGAGAACGUCCUCUGACUUCCAGCCAUAUCCAUCUGGCAGUUGUGCCAAGGGAGGAGGGAGGAGGUAAAAGGCGGGGAGUUAAUAACAUGAAUUAAAUCUGUAAUCACAGGGUACUUCUAAAGUCAGCGUCUCACCUUCCUGCUCACUGCCCUCAUUUCUCUAAUAACCUUGGGUGGGCAUUUCCGCCUCAGAAAAGAAGUUACAGCCCCAAACAUGCCUGGUCCUUCAUUCCACCAGCCACUUGGGGUUUGCAUGAAGUACAGACAGGUCAAUGUUUUUCACUGUAAUUCUCUUGUGGGGGCUGUGACGUGCAGAAGGCACACCUGAUACUUCUGCUCAGUUUUGCCCUGGACCAUACAAUUUUGGCCUGACCUGGACAGAGCUCCCACUACAGAAGCAUCCUGCUCGCCCUAUGCUGGGACUUCCUCUUUCUAGCAUCAGACACUUGGGUUUCAUGCUUAUAUGUGGUUCUUUCCAACACUCCCAGAAAAGGGUGUUGAAGAUUGUGGAGCGUGGAGAAAUAAGACAUCAUGGUGAGGAAGUGCAUCCUUCUCAGAGAAAAGAGUUAAACUGAGUAUCUUGUCCUGAGGAAAUACUGGCAGGCUGAGAUGGGAUCCAUAGGAGAGCAUCAAUGGACAGUGUCAGACAUCUUGUGUGCAUUUAUCGCUGGAGCCUGAAAAUAGCCCCAUGAAGGCAGAAAUGUAUGUGACUGGAACGAGGCCACAUGAGUAAGUCACCGCCCACUGGCAGGAGUGAAAACUGAAGAGCUCCUUACCUGAAGGACCCCAAAGCCAUAUGGAAUAGAAUGACCAGGAGUUCUGCCUGUGUCUAAACGCCUCUUUCCUGUAUCACACAAGGGGCAGGGAUGGUGGGGUAAAAGCUCUCUCCACCGGGGAAGCUUCUGG